CCAUACACUUGUUCUUAUAUUUCCACAACUGAUCACAUGGCAUCUUGUCGUAUCGUUCUUGUAGCAAUGCUACAGCUUUGCCUCACUGCAACAGUGUCGUUAGGAUGGGAAGCGCUCGAUCCGGAGCAGGUGCUGUUUGGAUUUUCAAGAUGCGGUGAGGAAUUCACGCCAAAUGAUGAGAACCGUGAAGUUCGCAUCAAGAAUUGGGCAAAAUGGACAUUGGAGCCUUUAGAUAAUUGGACCAUGUGCUACGUGCGGUGCUGUUUACAGCGGUUGGAGUUAUUCAACGUGGAUUCGGGAUUGUUCGCGACCGAAAGGCUGACUGUUCAAUAUCAGAAAUAUAAACAAUAUAAUGGAGUGGACGUUGAUGAAGUGCAAGAAUUUGCAAACGCCUUGAAAAACCUCCCACGUUUGACUGAUUGUAAAUCUGUUUUCACAACAUUAUUCGUCAAACUCCUCAAAUACGUACCAAUUAUUGUUAAACUGUACCACGGAAGUCCAACAAUAAACAAAGCAAUAUAUGAAGAUUUGGGAAAUAACAUUCGUCAAAAGAAGCAGCCAUAUACCGAGUUUUGUGAGAAAAAGUUUGCACCAAACGCACAACAAGCUAUUUGUGAAUUCCGAAAAUCAGGAACAACUAAGAAUGACGCUUACAAGAAUGUUUUGGACUGCAUCUUCAAAGGAUUCCGCUAUUUUGACAAAAACGGCAAAAUUGACCCGAAAGAAAUUAUUCGUGACUUUCAUGAAAUAAACGAAAACCAGAUGGACGGCCAAGUGGAAGAAGCAAUCUCUAACUGUCAAUUGCGUGGAACUACCAAUGCGUAUGAUUUCUACGAAUGUCUAAGAACAAACGACCGCCUGGGGAAUAAAUUUCGGCUGGCAUUCCUGUACAGAGAAGUUCGCUCAGCAGAUUAUGAUUACGCGUUUCAGAUACCUGGACCGCCGGUUUAUGACGCAAACAGCGUGAGACAGAUGGUGGACCUCAUAAAUGAAAACCAAUGUCCAAAAAGGUAACCAUGAAAAAAUAUAAAUGAGACGCGAAAUAAUAAAGAAAUAUA